AUGCCUGAAGUAAACAUUGAUUGGCUGGAUGAGUGUCAGAGGCAUCGUUUAAAGGAAAUGCUAGUUGUUGUUGAUGAAAAUGAUAAGGUUAUUGGUGCAAAUAACAAGAGGAAUUGCCAUCUGAAUGAAAACAUUGACAAAGGACUGUUGCACCGAUCCUUCAGUGUUCUCUUAUUCAAUGAAGAGAAUAAAGUCUUGAUUCAACAGAGAGCAGACACGAAAGUAACUUUUCCAGGGUAUUACAGUGAUUCUUGCUGUAGUCACCCCUUAUUCACCCCACUGGAACUGGAAGAGCAAGAUGCCAUUGGAGUCAAAAGAGCAGCCCUGAGAAGGAUGCAGGCUGAGCUGGGGAUUCCCCCUGGGCAGGUUUCUAUCGAAGAUAUUUUGUUCAUGACAAUUUAUCAUCACAAAGCAAAAUCAGAUGCAAAUUGGGGAGAACAUGAGAUUUGUUAUCUUCUGCUUGUUAAAAAGAAUGUUCCUCUGAAUCCAGAUCUGAGUGAAGCAAAAAGUGUGUCCUACAUGAACAAGGAAGAGUUACAAGAGCUGCUGGAUAAAGGAGCCAGAGGAGAAGUUAAAGUGGCCCCUUGGUUGAGAACCAUAGCAGAGAAGUGUCUACCUAAGUGGUGGGAUCAUUUAGGUGACAUAGUUCAGUUAGCUGAGCCUAAUACAAUAUAUAGAGUGUAG